UAAAGAGACAAAUACAGAUGCGUUUGGUUGUUAUUUUGAACUUUGAAGUGACAGAAACUCAAUUUGGUGUCCAGUCUGAGUCCAAGUAUAAAUUAAUAUUUUAAAAUAUUUUUAUUUUAAAAGUGGAAACAGAACACUUGUGUAUUGAGUUUGAAAUUGAAGAUAUAAUGAUGAAAGAAUGAAAAAAAUAUUUAGUGAUUAUGUGCAAAGAUGGAAAUGUAAUUAACAUGAACUCCCAGCAGAAGCACAUUAUUAAACAUUUAUUGUUGAGGGAGGAGACAUUUAUAUAUAAAACAAUUGCGAAAUGUAUUGUUUGCCAAAGUUGGUGUCAUCCUGCUCACUUGGAACAAUGCAAACCCUUUACACUGAGGACCGAAUGGGACUGGACUCUCUCUGGUGGACAUACAACUAAUAGAUUAAAAUUCAUUGUUGUUUUGUUCUAUACAAUUCAAGAAGGAAAACUUGAUGUCUCUCCAGAGUACUUCACACAUGAAUUUUACAGCAGUGAACCAAAGCGAUGUCUGUCAGGAAUAUCUGUGUCCAGAGAGAUCUGUUUCUUUUUCUGUCUAUGUGAUUCUGUAUGCGGCUGCAGCAGCUGUGUCUCUUCUGUCCGUGUGUGGAAACCUGCUGGUCAUCAUCUCUGUUAGUCACUUCAAGCAGCUCCACACACCUGCGAACAUCCUCAUCCUCUCUUUGGCUGUGUCCGAUCUUCUAGUUGGAGUUUUUGUGAUGCCAUUUCACUUAUCGUGGCUCAUUGAAUCAUGUUGGAUUUCUGGCCCAGUGAUGUGUUCAGUUUUCAGUUUUAUGACUUUUCAGGCACCGGGUGUGUCUGUUCAUACUGUGGCUCUGAUAGCAGUUGAUCGCUUUUUGGCUUUAAGUUCUCCUUUUCUUUACUCUGAAAAGAUCUCACCCACUGUCACCUGCAUAGCAACUAUAUUUAACUGGCUGUUUUCACUCAUUUACAACUUGACUCUUCUUUAUUUUAAUAACUUCACUGGUGUCAUGUGUCCAGGAGAAUGUCUUAAUAUCAUAGACAAGGUUUCAUCCCUCAUUGACCUCAUAGUUGUGUUUCUUAUGCCUUGUACACUCAUUAUAAUAUUAUAUUCUCAUGUUUUUGUCAUUGCUAAAAAACAUGCAACUGCUAUAAGAGCUCUUCAGAUUCACAACAGAACAGAAUCCUCCAAAAACAGAGUCAGUGACAAAUCAGAGCGAAAAGCUGCAUUAGCACUCGGGAUUCUGGUCUUUGUGUUUCUCCUGUGUUUACUGCCAUUUUAUAUUUUUUCAUUAACAAAUUUCUUAAAAGAUGACUCAUUUUCUAAAGUUAUCAACAGUGUUUUGGUUCUCGUUUACCUUAAUUCCUCCAUCAAUCCACUUCUCUACGCUCUGUUGUACCCUUGGUUUAAGAAAAGUGUAAAGAUAAUUAUUACUUUUAAAAUAUUGAACACAGACUCCUCUCUGAUGAAUGUCCUUUCAUUAAACUCUUAA